AUGGUCGGAACCACAACGCACGUUGCGACGGGCAUUGCUGCAACAUCACAGCGUCGUCUCAAGAAACUUGGAUUCAAGCAGCUCCUCUCGAUUCAACGAGGGAGCUCAGGAGGCGGCCUUUCGCUCCUUGGCGCCACCGAGGCGGCACUUGAGAACGACGACCAUGAUCGUGGGCUAGGUGUCGAUGCUUCCGAAGUCACCGAACAUCACUUGCAAGCGGCGCUCUCACAAACACAACUUGCAAGCGAUGCAGAGAGCUCAAAGACAGCAUCUGCCCGACCAGCGUACCACAUCCCGACACCGGAAGCCAAGCAGGUUCUUCAGGAUGCAGAGUACCAGCAGCUGUAUCCCCAUGGCGCCUACUCGGACCCCGUCACAUACCUCCGAUCAUCGCAGACGGUAGAAGAGUCGAACCGAGGUCCGGCGUACUGCCUUGAUGAAGACGACAAUGACUGGCUCCAAGAUUGGAACAAGAAGGCCUCUGAGGCUCUCGCGGUCGCGCUCAAGAGUGCUCGAUCGCCAAUUGCGUCAGCAAAAGGGAAGGGGAAGGAACGGACAAGAGAGGAGAUUGUCAACAGUCUGGUCGAGGAGAAUGGCGACCUGCGCGUCAUUAGCGAAGACGAAUUUGAGAUGGUUAUCACCGUCUUUGAACGAGUCUCUGCCGAACAGGUCCCCUUCGCCCACCUCGACGUGUCGAGACUGCCAUCACUAGAAGACUUGCUUCCCUCUUUCGACCCAAACUCUUCCCUUGCAGACCUUGCACAGCCCGAGCUGCCCGAACUGCCCUGGGAGCAUCACACUCACGGCUUUGCAUCCUCAUCAAAGAGCGACGGGAGCAGCAAUCACAACAAAGCCAAUGGUUGGUCAAUACACCAAAGGGGUCACGACAACGAGCGCUGGUCGCCCGACAACCCGUUCCGGAAUCUAGCGAGCCUUAAAGGCGUCGCGAAGAUUGUGUACCCUUGGUGGAAGCAACGGAGGGAAGAGAGGCAAGGCAAGCAGAUUGUGCCAGCGCUCAACUUUGACGAAAGCAACGACAACGACCCCUAUGUCUGUUUCCGACGACGCGAGGUCAAGACGAUCCGUAAAACGCGAAAGACCGAUGCGAUGCAUCUCCAUAAGCUCAUCAAGCUUCGCGCCGAGCUGGACCAGGCGGCCAAGCUCAUGAGCCUUGUCGUACAUCGAGAGAGGACGAAGCGAGCAUCUUUGGCUCAGGAUCGGGUGCUGUGGGAGAAGGCGCGCGAUCUGCUGGAGGUCAAGCGGACGUGGAACAUCGUUGGUCCGAAUAAUGGAGCGGAGGAUCUGGAGCUUGUGUCGGGAGAGCGCCGAGCAGAACACUCGCAUGGCGUGUCUGGCGCCCCAAAGAAGAAGAAGAAGGUCGAGGAGCAGCAACAAAACAACGUUGUCAAGCUUCCAAAUCGCAAGCCGACCAAGACGACAUCUGGCGAGGAGACUGCUUCAGCUGCUGCCUCUGUCACGUCGGCAACAGCAUCUGGUCCUGCUGCAGCCGCCUCGCAAGGAUUUGGCCAGGCGAUCCUCGAGCGUGUCCAGGCAGUGCAGGCAUACAUCGAACGCGAGUGCCAACGGAAGCGAGACAGCGACGUCGGGUGGGAAGAAGGUACGGAUGCGGCAAUGCAUCCGUUUCCAGUCCCUUCUCGGCUUCGUUUGUUUCGGCCCAUCCACUCAGAUCCGCCGACGGCCGAGUGGUCCGCUUCUCAACGGCAGCAGCAGCAACAACAAAAUCAGGCCCCAUCGAGCUUCGCACCUUGGUCCAGCUCGUCACCAUCGAAUCGGGACUCGAAGACGGGCCCCGUCUUUCUUCCGCCGCACCCUCGCGCUGGCAAGCCGCCGUCCUUUCGCCGACGUGUUGGCCGCGGAGGUCGCGUGCACCUCGAUCGUCGGCUUCCUACGCCAAGUCCUGUCCCGACCAGCUUGUCUGAUUGGCCGCGCGCUCUCCCUCCGGUCCGACAAGGACGCGGUGAAGAUGGGGCACAAGGGGAGGCCUCGAAAACGACGAAGAAUGGCGACGGAAUGAAUGCAAGCGAUAAAGCAGGCACUGCGCAGCACCAAUCUCUCCUCAGGAGAGCUGCCCCUCUCACGGGACCAUUUGCUUUCUCGCCCUCGCUACGUCCGAGUCUCCUAACGUCUUCCACCACACCCGCUCUGCUUACAUCUACCGGUCCUUUUGCUUCGAGUGCGGCCGGCCCCGCGUCUUCAGAACGGCCCUACCACCACUCCUCGGAUGCGUCGAGCUCUUCGUCAGCCUCUAGUCAAGAGUCCAAAGCUUCUAAUACCACUUUUGAGCGAGCUGCCAGCACGCAGCCCACCGAUGUGGACGAAAACGAGGUUGACGACGAUGCACAUGAAAAUGGUGCAAAGGAUGACGAGGAGGACGAAGGGAGGAAAGAGGCUCACGAUGUUGAAGACGACGAAGAUGAGGAGGAGGAGGGUGAAAAGGAUCUCUCAGAGCAGAUGGAGCGCGACGCUGCGUUUUGGAAUGAAGAGGAUGAGGAGCAGUGGCACAGCCUCCAGGAGAAGUGGCGAUAUGAUCACGAGGGCGGCCAAUGGGCUGGGCUGGGGCUCUGUGGUCUUGGCGGCAUGGAGGACGAUGAUGAGGCUGUCAUCGAUGACUUUGACCAGCGGUUCCUCAAGUACCGCAUCACACUCUUGGAAGAGUCGGAUCUGAUCAAGCUGUCGACGGUGGUGACGAACGUCAACAUGGCUCAGGCCGCUGUUGAGGCAAUGCCUCCGCAACCGACCGGCUAUUCCAUCUUCCGAAGCGACGGUGCUGGUCACGUCUAUCAUCAGCAGCAGCUUCAAGCCCAACACCAAGCCGCUGCCGCCGCUGCCGCAGCCCAACAACAGCAACAGCAGCUUCAGCAACAACAGCUUCAGCAGAUGCAGCAGGCCCAGCUGCAUUCUCUCCCUCAGCAGCAUGCUUCCUUCCCGAUGCAGCAGCAACAGCAGCAGCAAGCCGCAGCGGCAGCCGCAGCUGCUGCCGUGGCGGCGGCAAACGCAGGAGGCGCCAACGGGUCAGGAGCGGGCUUGCAUUCAGUCGCGCGCGCUGCUCACACCAACGUCGGUGGUCCCUUGACGGCGCUGCAGCAGCAACAGCAAAUGUACCAAGCGCAACUCCAGCUCGCACUACAGCAACAGCAGCAACGCGCGGCUCAAGCUGCCGCCAUGGCUGCUGCCCAGCAGAAUGGCGGCGCUCAGUCGCCAAACGGUGGCAUGGGUGCGGGCGGUUCUUCACCAACUCCGCGACCACGUUCAGGACAGAUGCAGCAUGCGCAGCCUCAUCCUCUGUCUCAGUCAUUUGGAAAUGGCGUCGGGACCGGUGUCUCCUCGGCAGGUUCGAACAUGUCUGACGCUGCAAGCCCCAUCAAUGCCAACGCAUUGGCUGCGCAGCUUCGUCAACGCCAAGAGUGGGCUGCUCAUUCGUCGAUGUCGCCGCCGCAAUUCCCACAGGGCAUUCCUCAAGGCGGAUGGAACGUGAAUGCCGCAGGAGGCGUUCCGAGUCCACAAAUUCAGGCACAGUUCGGCCCCAACAGUCGACCUUCAUCGUCUCAAGGAGGUACACAGACGAACCAAGGGCAGCAGAGGUCGUCACCACUUCUUCAGAACGGUGCUCCUUCAUUCCAGGCGGGCCCAGGAUCGAGUCCGGGACAGAACCACGCUUUACCGAUGAGUCUUGCCAAUGCCGCUGCUGCCGCGCAGCAGCAGAGGAACGGCCAGUCGAUGGGAUCUGGCGGCGCACAGCAACGACCAAUGAACAACGGCUUCAUGGCCAACGGCAUGCCUCAGGUAAACCCACUGGCCGCGGCAGCACUGCAACAGCAGCUUCAGGCUCAGCAGAAUCAGCAGCAGCACUCGAUCGGCCAGCCUGGAAACCAACAACAGACGACGGUCCAGCAGCUCAACCAGCUUGCUGCGAGCGGGCAGCUGAGUCAAAGCUCCCUGCUAGCCAUGCAAGCCGCCCUUUCUGCCAACCAGAACCUGCAGCUGAAGCUACCGCCGAAUCGGACCCGGGCUCUGCAGAUCGCUCAGCAGGCUGCCAAAAAUGCUCAACAGCAGCAAGGCUCGCCGACACCGCACACCGGGAUGGGCCUGAUGCAAGGCUUGCAGCAACCGCAGCAGCAACAGCAGCAAGUAAGCAACAACUUUGGAGGACAGCAGGCUGCCGCCGGCGGUGGUGGCGGCAACCCGCUCGUCAUGGGAAAUGGUAACCAGGGUCUAGUGGCAGGGGGAGCGACCAAUUCUCCGAAGGCGAAGGGGAGGACUUAG